AUGAUGGAGAAGGUUUUUCUUGGGAAUCUUGCAGGAGAUGUCAACGAGGGGACUCUGCGCAAACUGCUGGAGCAGCAGGGGAUAAUCUUUAACAACAUAUCGAUGAAAAGAAAUUUCGCAUUCGUUACUGUCAAAGACAAACUCUCCGUUGAAGAAGUGGUCAAGAAGUUGAACGGCUAUACACUUGAAGGCUCAGUGAUGCAAGCUGAACCAUCGAAUGGAAAAAAGAGCAGAAGAACAAAUAAGAUUCAGAUCCGAAAUCUGCCUCGCCAUUGUUCAAAAGAGCAAAUUGAAGAGCUGGUCAAUGUUACUUCCAGAAAUCCCAAAAAGUUUGAACAAGUUGGAUCUGAGGGAAUUAUGUAUGUGACAUUCAAUACUCCAGAGGAAGCAGAGGAGUGUGUAGAGCAGCUAAAUGAUUAUCGCUUUGAAGACGGAACACAAAUUAAGGUUGACUUUUUUAGAAAUCAACGCCGAUCAAACCGGAGCAAUUCUAACAGCAACUCCGGGCUUGCUCGUCAAGAUCUUCCAUUGAGGAUUGUUGUGGCCAGUGACUACAUUGGAGCUGUCAUUGGAAAGCAGGGACAGACAAUUCGAAAAAUUACUUCAGAAAGUCGUGCCAGAGUGGACAUUCACAGGAGAGAAAGCCAUGUUCCAGACACACUGAUAACCAUCAAAGGAUCUCCUGAAAGUUGCAGCAAAGCUUGCAAAGAAAUAAUGACUGUGGUGCGCCAGGAAGCCGAUUUAUUGAAUAGAGGUGAUGUGCCCUUUAGGAUUUUAUGCCCCAACAGCAUCUGUGGCCGUAUAAUUGGCAAGCAGGGAAAUGUGAUCAAGGUGUUCAUGGAGAAAACUAAUACAAACAUCGUCGUAUCCAGCUUUGACCCUUUCCCUGGAGGCCUUAUGGAUUCUACCAACAGCUACAUAGACAGGGUUAUCACAAUCACUGGUUCCACAGACGGCUGUUCUGAGGCUGAAGAAAAGAUCAGUGAGAAAAUGAGGCAGUGUUUUGAGCAAGAUGCCAGCAGCUUUCAGUUUGGCGCUCAACAGCAUAUGAUGUUUUCUGGCAUGUCAGCCCUCCCACUUAUGCCAGCAAUGGGGCCGUACCAAGGAUUGAGGCCACCCGUGCCAUACAUGGGAGCAGCUUAUUAUCCUGGGGCAUAUGGAGGCCCACCACAGGUUCAGCAACAGCCAGAAGUGGUGCAGCUGUAUAUUCCAGAAAAAUCUGUAGGGGCAGUCAUUGGAAGCAAGGGCCAAAACAUCAAAAAUAUAAUGCGUAUCUCUGGAGCUCGCAUCAAGAUCCUGGGAGCAAAUGAUAAAAAUGGAUCUGGAGAGAACAAUCCUUUCAGCCACUCUGGUGAUGAACGCAAAGCUGUCAUUUCUGGAUCUCCUGAGGCUCAGUGGAAGGCUCAGUUCUUCAUUUUUGAGAAGGUGAAGAAUGAACUUCGACUCGCUGCCCAUGAUGAAGUUCACCUUAGAACAGAGAUUAUGGUGCCCAAGCAGAGCAUUGGCCGGAUCAUUGGCAAAGGUGGUCAGAAU